UUUAAUAAUAACAUUAUUUGGGGUAAGUAUGAUCUAUUUUUUUUUUGUAAUUUGAUAUAUGUAGCUUUUUAUUUAGAGCAUUUGAUUAAUUCUUUUUUUUUUAAAAGGCUUAUUUCGCUGGAGUUGUUUCUCGUUUCGCUGAUGCCAUCAAACCUAGAAAUAAACGUAACAUUCCUACUUCUCACGUUGCUAAUUUACCGGAUACCAAAUACACCCCAACUCUUAAAGAAGAUGAAAAUAAAAUAUCUCCUUAAUAAUAGAUGAUUAGUUUAUUUUAUUUAUCUCUCUUUUUUAUGUAAGUUUUUUAAGACAGGUCCCGUUAAAAUUCUGAUAUCAGAAAAAUAUAAAUAUAAUGUUGUCCCAAUGUUAUUUCUAUCCUCAUAUAUAAAAUUCAUCGAUUACUGCCAUUAUAAUCACAUAAAAUAUCUAUCUAGUAUCUACUUCGUUAUUGUUUUUCAAAUAUCCCCAAAAAAAAAUCUUGUAUUUAUUCGAAUGAUUUGGUUUGAAAUUAUAUCACAUUACAAUAAUAUUUAAAAAUAAAAUAGGUUAAAUAUCUUACGAAUGAAACAUUUGUGCCUGAUUUUCAUUUUUUUCUUGUUAUUACAACAGUACAUCCAGCAGAAUGCAUACAAUGUUGAGCUACAGUUCCCGUAUUAGUAGCAUCUGGUGAAGAAGUUCCUCUAUGGCCCAUUACUAAUACAUCAAUUUUUUGUUCUCUUGAAAGAUUAACUAUAUAUCUUCCGGGAUCAGAAUUAGAACUAACAAAACAUUCAAUAGGUAACUAUUAAAAAAAUAUGUUCAUUAAUUUUAUUUACGUUUAUUACGUAAUAAUAAUUAAAAAUUAAUCAAAAAUUCAAACCUCUUGUGUUUUAAGUAAGUUUU